AUGUGGAAUGAUGAUAAAAAAUUAAUAGCUUGCGCUGCAGCGUACUAUGUAGUCUGCACUGGAGAAUAUUUGAAAAGACGAAUGAGACGGAAAAAGCAUUGGUGGGUGGAUUCUUAUAAUAAAAGCCGAAAAAGGUACAAUGCUACUGACAUGCUGGUUGACUUAAAAAAAGAACCAUCUGGAAGAUUCCAUAACUUUUGUCGGAUGGAUGCUACUGAUUUUGAAAGUUUACUUAGUAGAAUUGCACAAACAUUAAUCAAAAAAGAUACAAACAUGCGGAAAAAUAUACCUGCUCAAGAGAGAUUGGCUGUAGCUUUAAGAUUUUUUGCCAGUGGAGACAGCUAUGGUAGUUUAUCAUUCUUAUUUAAGAUUUCAAAACAAACCAUAUCAAAAUGUGUUGACAAAGUGUGCAAGGCUUUAAUAGAAGAACUAAAAGAAGAAAUACAGGUAAUUUUUUUAUAAUCUUUAAUUAAACAAACAAGAAACAUGUUGACCAUAUUACAAUCUUAUUUUAAAAUAAGACUUUGAAAUAAGACAUGCACUUAUUUUAAAAAUUAUUCGACUGGGAAAGAAUUGAAAAAUACCUUGAAGUUGAAGAAGAUUAAGUGAUAUUAGUUGCAAUAAAAUGUUAUAAUGCUGAAUUUAAUAAAUCAUAAUAUUCAUUG